AUGGAAACUACACACUCCAUGAAUGCUGUUUAUGAUGGCUAUUCCAUGAGCUCCUUAAGUGACGGCAUGUCUGAGUUGAAGGUCGACCAGUCAAAACACAAGAAACGACCAGUACACAUUCUUCAUCAACAACCUGCAUCUCAAACUACAGCACAGUUCCAUCAACCUGCAUCUUCACAGCCCUUCUUGCCACCACAAGUGCCUUUUAGUCAACAGCCUCAAUCCCCAAAUUUUGUACAAGGCUCCCCUCAAAUUGGUACUCCCCAAAUGGGUACGCCGCCACUUGGCGUAUCUCAAUUUGGUACCCCUCAAGGGCAAAUCCAAUCUCCAGGACAACUGCAUCAGACGUUUUCACCUCCAUCUAACCUUGAUCCAACAUCGGUGCCAGAUAUAAGAUAUGAGACUGACGUUAUGUUUGACUCCAAAUCUUUCUUGACUUUUGCAAAUGUGUGCCCUCCACUUGUUGGUACUCAAUAUACUGUGGUAGAUCAAGGUAAUGCGUCGCCCAGAUUUAUGAGAAUGAGUAUGUACAAUGUCCCGGCUACUGAAAAGUUGCGCAAGGAGACUGGAUUGUCACUUGGGCUUGUGCUGAAUCCAUUUGCACCGAUGCAAGAACAGGAAAAACCAAUUCCAGAAGUAGAUUACAGAGAGAUGGGUGGUCCUCCAAGAUGUCGCAGAUGCCGUGCUUAUGUGAAUUCAACGAUGCAACAUACCCACGAUUAUAGAAUGAUUUGUAAUAUUUGUGGGUUCUCGAGUCCUAUUCCAAGCGAAUAUUGCUCUCCUUUGGAUCCUAGCGGUGUCCGUAUCGAUAGGAAUCAACGUCCAGAGCUUCAUCUGGGAAUGAUAGAUUUUUUGGUUCCAGAGGCCUACAAUAUCGAUGAAUCAAUUCCUCCAAAUCCGCUGCACCAUGUUUUUCUUGUGGAUAUAAGUAACUCUAGUGUGAGAAGGGAACUCCACAAGGCUUUUGCCAAUGCCAUAUCCAUGUCAGUUUUGAAAGGCUAUCCUAAAGGUUCAAAGAUUUCAAUAAUUGCAUAUGAUAGGAAAAUUCAUUUUUUUAACCUUUCUCUUGAUUCAAACCAAGUUUCUAUUGCCACUGUAAGUGACUUAGAAGACCCCUUUCUACCAUUUUUUGAUGGCAUUUUUGUGGAUGUUAAAGCAGGAAGGAUACACAUUGACCGAGCUCUGCAGUCGUUAGAAAUGAUGGGCGAAUAUUCAGAACCAGAACCUGCAUAUGGUGCCGCAUUGAGGUAUGCCCUCCUAGCCUUGGAACAUGUUGGUGGAGGUAAGGUUACUGCUCUGCUAUCUGCAUUGCCCAGCUGGGGUCCAGGUUCUCUCAAGGGAAUAUCCCCAAGUCAAAGGCUCACUUCUGAAUUGGAGACCGAAGCUUUAACAGCAAAGAAUCAAUAUUAUCAGAAAUUGUCGAAGGACUAUAUCAGCGCAAGUGUUGGUUUAGACCUGUUUGUUGUUUCUUCUGGAUCCGUAGACCUUUCGGAUUGUUCACUGGUAGCAACUAGUACUGGAGGCAGCGUAAGAUCUUUCUUCAACUAUGAAGUUGCGAGAGAUCAGAAAUCCCUUUGUAUAUCAUUACUUGACAGUAUACAAGCUGUCAAAGGCUACCAAUCACAGCUGAAGAUUCGUUGUUCUGCUGGGUUGCAAGUGACGAAAUACUUAGGAAGUUUCAAGACUUCAAACUCGGACGCUGAUCCACUUAUACCAAUUGUUACCUCCAAUACUUCUGUGGGCUGCUUAUUCAAGCAUGAUGGAAAACUCUCUACUAAGAAUGAUGCCCAUUUUCAGGCUGCUUUAUUGUAUACCUCAGCUGAUGGUGUGAGAAAAGUAAGAGUGAUCAAUUCAAUCAUUUCAGUAACUGAGAGGAUAGCUGACGUAUUUGCUUUUGCAGAUCAAGAUGCCACUCUGGCCUUGGAAUUGAAAGAGCAUCUAGGUAGGAUCCCUGAAGUAUCACUAGUGGGACUUAGAAAUCGUCUCACAUUUGACUUAGUUGACAUUAAUACCGACUACAAGUUAAAAGUGGUAGGAAAGUCUUCAGCAGACCAACAGUUAAUCCUUCCUGUUGGUUUGCGAACACUUCCCAUGUUUACACUUGCUGCAACGAAGACUCGUGCAAUUCGCAGCGCGCCAUCUAAUAACACUGAUCUAAGAGUUCAAUCUAUCUUGGAUCUUAAGUCGUUCACUCUCGAGAAGCUCGCAGUGUAUUUAUACCCGAUCCUCAUAAACGUUCUUGAGAUAGAUGAGGACGCAUGCCAGUAUACUUCCACGGGACAUUUCCAACUACCUCCGGGGACAAGACUUUCACGUCAAAACUUAAUGCACGGAGGUGCAUACAUAUUGUUCAACGGGCUCAAAGUAUUUUUCUGGAUCCAUUCGGACGUGAAUGUAUUGUUGCUUCAAGAUGUAUUUGGACAGAAUGUUUCUUCUUUGGACAGCAUUGAUCCAAAUUUAAACGAGCUACCUGAACUGGAUACAGGAAUCUCUCUCCAGCUCAGAAACCUGGUUUCAUUUUUGCUAAGAGCUAUCUCAACUCUUCUUUUGUACCAAUACAAAUUUGUCGGUUCCGACGAGAUGGUGCGGAAGUUGAAUUCAUGGAAAACUUGUACGAAGAUAGUACGCCUGACAAGCUCCAAAGCUACCAUGACUUCCUUAACCAUAUUCAUUCACUGA